AUGGCGUCUACCGAACUGGACCUCGAUGUCCUCAUCGUUGGUGCUGGCAUCUCCGGCAUCAACGCCGCCUACCGCCUCCAGACCGAGGGCCCCAAGGGCAGCCGUUAUGCCAUUUUCGAGGCGCGCCACAGCCUGGGCGGCACCUGGGACUUUUUCCGCUACCCCGGCAUCCGCUCCGACUCGGACAUUUACACGUUUGGCUUCUCGUGGAAGCCAUGGCACAAGCCCGAGACGGUGGCGCAGGGCGCCGACAUCAAAAAGUACAUGACGGAGGCCGUGCAGGAGACGGGCAUCGACAAGCACAUGCGCUACCACCACCGCGUCGUGUCGGCCGACUGGUCGUCGCAAGACCAGUGCUGGGAUGUCAGCUACGAGGCCGACGGCGAGGCCAAGACGCUACGCACGCGCUUCAUCCUCCUCGGCACCGGCUACUACGACUACGACACGCCCAUGAAGGCGCUCAUCCCCGGCAUCGACAACUUUGCCGGCAAGGUCAUCCACCCGCAGUUCUGGCCUGAGGACUACGACUACAGCGACAAGCACAUGGUGGUCAUUGGCAGCGGCGCGACCGCCGUCACCGUCGUGCCCGCCGUCUCGGAAAAGGUGCAGCACGUCACCAUGCUGCAGCGCAGCCCGACCUACAUCAUGCCCAUCCCCAAGCAGUCCCCGGCUGCCAAGUGGCUCUUCCGCCUGCUGCCGCGCUUCAUCGCCCACCGCCUCAACCGUACCCUGUGGAUCGUCCAGAGCUACAUCAUGAUCUUCUUCUGCCGCCUGUUCCCCAACGUCGCCCGCGCGCUCAUCCGUGCCGUCAACCGCCGCCUCCUGCCCAAGUCCAUCUCCAUCGACCCGCACUUCUCGCCCGCGUACAAGCCCUGGCAGCAGCGGUUGUGCGCGUCCAUGGACGGCGACAUCUUUGCCGCCCUGCGCAGCGGCAAGGCCAGCAUCGUCACCGACCACAUCGAGACCGUCACCAAGGACACCAUCAAGCUCAAGUCGGGCGCCGAGCUGCACCCCGACGUCAUCGUCACCGCCACCGGCCUCGGCCUGCGCUUCGCCGGCGGUAUGAAGAUCAGCCUCGACGGCAAGCCCUUUGACAUUACGCAAAAGUUCAUCUACCGCGCCGCCAUGCUGCAGGACCUGCCCAACCUCGUCUACGUCGUCGGCUACGAGAACGCCUCGUGGACGCUGGGCGCCGACUGCGCCGCCAAGGUGCUCGUCCGUCUCGUCAGCGAGCUCAAGGCCGCCGGCAAGACGUCGGGCACGCCGCGUCUCGAGAACCCGGAGAAGAUGGAGGUCAGGCCUCUUCUGAACCUGGGCUCCACGUACCUCAAGAACGCCAACUCGGUCUUUCCCAAGGGUGGCACGGGUGCCUGGGCGCCGCGCACGACGUACCUGCAGGAUCUCUACAAGGCUACCUACGGUAACCUCGCUUCGGAAAUGGAAAUUGUAUAA